ACCACUCCAGUCACAACCCUCCUCCACGCUGCUACCACACGCACCACCCCACACCGCGCUCACUCUCUCACUCACUCACUCGCUACAUUCACACAUUCUAAGUGGUUCAAGCAUGGUUUAUUUACGUUUCGAGAUUUUGUCAACUGGGUAGGUUUUCAUUUUUGGACGAAAAGAAAGAGUAAAUAUAUAUAAAAAAAACAUUUUAAAAGACAGAAAAUAGAACAAAAUUACGGCUUCCACACUCUCUUGACAACUCUUCAGGAUUUCUUUAAGAUUUGCUGCAGACGACACAGUAUGAGGAAAAUGAAUCGAUGUAGUUUGAAGAAGUCGAUAGAGAACUAACAGGAGAAAACGGAAGACAGGAAAACGAUAAACAAACAAAAGGGAAACCGUCUUAUUUAAAUUAUGGAUGUGAUUGUCCGUUGAUUGAUGUUUUGGUCACAAAACAUACAAUAUUUUAAAAAAUAAUAAAAUCUUGGAAGUAUACAGACAACAAAAAAAUUUUAAAUGGCGAAUUCUUUAAAUUCUUCCUAUUUUUAUGGAACAGACAAAGUUUAUAAUUGGGGAAAUCGAAGUUACUUUACCUUCUUUUCAGAAUUUAACCGUCCUUGGAAUGGAAUCGGAGUCAUUGAAGCACUCAUCUACAUCGUUAUCUUUCUGAUAUCUGUUGUCGCUAACAUUCUAAUAAUCAUACGUGUUUUACGAGUAAGACAACUGAAGACUGUCACAAACUGUUUCAUAGCAAACUUGGCAAUGGCCGAUUUGCUGUUCAGUUCCGGCUGCCCAUUCAUUGCAGUGGUUCGAAUCACCGGCACAUGGGUGCUGGGAGGCUUCCUUUGUCAUAUUAUCAUCUAUCUAGAGUUUGUAUGUAUGUUUGCUGUCAUUUGGACCAUGACAGUGAUAAGCAUCGAGCGUUUUUUCUGUAUUGUAAAACCAAACUGCUGUCGUAUUUCUCUGACGAUGGCCAUUGUCAUUGUCGUCCUGAUCUGGGUCAUUGCAUUCGCUGGUUUCUUGCCAAUGGCGACAUUUUUCAACAUUUAUGCAUUUCCCUUCGGCAACGACACAAUUCAAAUAUGUACGUUGGUGUGGCCGUCAAACACUAAAGUCCAAGUCUCCAUAGUUUUCGUUUCCUGUCUGGUUUUGGUGGGUUUCAUCGUACCAUUGGCCUUAAUGGCCCACAACUAUUACCGCGUCUUCCGAACAUUCUGGAUUUCCCGACAGACAAUCAUAAAGAAGGAAUGUAGUUCUAGUCAACCAACUGUUAACAUGGCCGUUCAACCAGCUGCCAGCACGUUGCGGUCUCAUAGCAGCAAACUCGUUUCACAUAAUAUGAAAGUACGAAGCCUCCGCAGUUUCCGUGUCAUCCGGAUUCUUGUUCUGCUCGUCCUUCUCUUCUUCCUGAUGUGGUUACCUAUUUUCAUUGCUUUCAUAGUCAUUCAGUAUGAUGGUGCUUAUGAAUACCACCAGAUGCAUUCUUGGAUGUUAAUCACGUCUUCCUACUUUGCUUUCGCAAAUACUUGUGUCAACCCAUUUGUCUAUGUAUUCAUCAACGAAAGGUUCAGAAUCACCAUAAACUUCUGCAGAAAAACUUCCAAAGAACAGCCGAAAGCCGACGAAAUUGCUUCUUUUUCAGCCUCAGGCACAUGAUAUGAAAAGGGACAGAAAAUAAAAAUAAUAAAAUUAACAAUAAUAAUGAUUUCUUGCAUAAAGCAAAAAUGGCACAAGCCCAUGACACGUUGGAAACUAAGGCCUAAGGGCGGGGAAAGGAGUUUAAAAGAUUUAACCUUAACCCCUCCCCUUUUCUCCAACACAACUCCUUCAUUUCAUGUUUGUGUGUUGUUCUAUAUCAGACCGUAACAAUCGCCCAUUGUUUCACCAUCUUCAUUAUUUUUACUACUACUACUACUACUACUACUACUACUACUACUACUACUACUACUACUACUACAACUACUGCUGCUGCUGCUGCUGCUGCUGUUGCUGUUGUUAUUGUUGUUGUUUUUUAUAAUUUCUUCCGGUUCAUAACGUACUGAGCUCAAAUCUCGCCGAGGUCAACUUUGCCUUUAUUUUCUUUCGGGGUCGAUAGAAUAAAGUACCAGCCAAGAACUGGGGGUCGACCAACUCCCUCUUCCUAAAACAGCCACGGAACCAAAAUUUGAAGCGAUUAUUAUUAUUAUUAUCAUUAUUAUUAUUAUUAUUAUUAUUAUUAUUAUUAUUAUUAUUAUCAUUAUUAUUAUUAUUAUUAUCAUUAUUAUCAUUAUU